AAACGACUAUGUACUCACUUACAAGCUCUCACUGCUAUGCAACAUAUCAGCAAGCAGGUCUUGGGCUAAACAGUUAUUUAACCAAAAAUAGAAUUAUUAUUAUUUGUUUAAAAUAAUCAUGCUUCGGAAAUUGUUGAGAGUGCGCUGUGAGUAUCUAGUGCGUCGAUGGGCUAGCACAGAUCCGCUGAGUUUUCAUAAUGAGAAGCUGCAAACAUAUUUGGAAUCACUGCGUCAAGAAUAUUAUGCGCUGCGCGUUAAUGCAGCCGGCAACAGCAACCUCUAUGCACGUCUGUCACGUCUGGAUCCUGUUGUCAAUAGCCUCGAAAAGCAUAGAGCCAUGCAGCGCAAUAUAACAUCAGAGAAAGACUUGGCAGCUGAGAAGGACGAGGAUAUGCGAGCGCUAAUGGAAGAGGAAAAUAGUGUUUACGCAGAUCUGUUGCGCAAACAGGAGGAGGCAAUGCUGCACGAGCUGCUCGCACUGUCUGACGAUGAAGAUUAUCCGGCGCUGAUAUUUGAGGUGAACGCUGGUGCCGGCGGGCAGGAGGCCAUGCUGUUUGCUCAGGAACUAUAUGACAUGUACACCAGCUACUUCGAGCACAUGGGCUGGGAGUAUGAAGAGUUUGACCGUGAGACCACCGACAUUGGUGGACUGCGUCAUGCUAAUCUACAAGUUAAUGACCCGGAGGCGUACAAUUGGCUGCGCUUCGAGGCGGGCGUUCAUAGAGUGCAACGUGUGCCGGCUACUGAGAAAUCCGGACGUAUUCACACCAGUACUGCCUCUAUAACUGUAAUUCCAAGGCCUGCCGAUGUGCAGGUGCAAAUUGCAGAGCGGGAUUUGAAGAUUGAAACGAAACGUGCCAGCGGCGCCGGUGGCCAGCAUGUGAACACCACAGAUUCGGCUGUUCGUGUUGUACAUAUACCUUCGGGAUUGGCUGUUGAAUCGCAGUCGGAGCGUUCACAGCUUAAGAAUCGCGAACUAGCCAUUAAGCGACUGCAAGCGAAACUCAUACAACAGCAGCUAGAGAGUACCGAGGCGAGUAAAAAGGCCACCCGUAAGGCACAACAGGGUAAUCUAAAUCGAAACGAAAAGAUUCGCACGUAUAAUUUUGUUCAAGAUCGUGUGACGGAUCAUCGAGUACAGCAGGGUGGUACGCUUCACAAUUUAAGCGGAUUUCUAGAGGGCGGGCAGCAAUUGAGUGGAUUAAUUGAACGCCUGCAGUUGGAACACCGCAGACAGACACUUGUGGAUUUACUCCAAACGUGGAAGCCGCCGGCCCAGGAGGCGGCAGAUAAAAACUAAAUAUUUGUUAACUAAAUUAUAAGAGUUAAUAAAAA